UGAAUUUGGAGGGAGGGCAAAAAGAAGCUUUGGACCUGUCAACAGCCUGAGACCAACAACGUGCUCCAAAGUUUAUAUAAAUGUAGAUUAUAAAUGUAGAUUUUUGGCAGAGUAUUUCAGAAACUAUAAGAAGAAAACAAUAAAGAGGAAAUUACUCAACAAUAACUCCAUAAUAGUUUGUCAUUCGUUUGUUAGUGUUUGAAUCAACAGAUUAGAGAAGAAUAGCUGCAGCACUCAAUAAGGGAAACCAGAAGAUCUGAGUGGGUUUUUGUAAUUGUUACCUGCUUAUACCUGAGUUUUAUAAGCCCCGCCUCCCAGUGAUAUAGAGAAGAGGGUGGAGCUAUAGAAAGAUGGCGGUUGUAUUAUGAGAGAGCAGCUUUGAUUCAUUGAUUGAUUGAUUGGUUUCUUUCAAGCAUGAGUUUGAUUGAUUGCUUGAAAAGCAGAGGGAAGAAGCAAACUUAUAUAACCCCACCCCUACUUAGUUACUUAUUUUCACUGUUUUGCAUAAUUAUAUAUUUUUUUUAUUUUUAUGAUUGAUUGAUUGAUUGAUUGAUUGGUUUAUUUCAGCUUAGUUUCUUCAUGAAAAAGUUCAAACGUUAGAUGCAGUGUCAGACCACUAGAGAGCAGCAAACAUCUCACCACUGAAUGGACACUGUUGUUCUGUGUGUGGGUGUGUGUGCGUGUGUGUGUGUCGUGUGGGGGGGGGUGCGUGUGUGUGUCAUGAGACCCGGUUUCCUCACACUGAACCACGUGAGUCAUAUGAGCAGGAGGAGAAGAGCAGGCAUCACUUAGGAGAACGCCAUGGAGAAAUUGUCUCGCUCUGUCAGGGAGGCUGGUUGCUGGAUCAGGAGGUGCUUUUGCGGAGAGGAAGAGGAGCACGGGGAGGAGAAAGACAGCAGGGAGGAAGAAGAGGAGGAGGAGGACCAGGCCUGCUCAGGAAAGAACAGGAGCUGGACCUCCCUGGCUGCAGCUGAGGUGGAUCCAGAGACAGGAUCCUCCUCCGUGUCCCAGUCUCACCGUUUCCACACUCUACAGACCCGACGGUUCCGAGUUCACAGAGGGCGCAGCAACAGCGACCCCCUGAGAGGAAUGACAGGCCCCAAUCCCUUCACCUGGAAACCGGGUCUGGAGUUCGGAGCAGCACAGUCAUACCUUAGUCUGGAGAAGCUGGGAGAAGGAGCAUUUGCCUCAGUCUACAAGGGCAUCAGCAGGAUCAACGGGCAGCUGGUGGCUCUGAAGGUGAUCCGUAUGAAUACAGAAGAGGGCGUCCCGUUCACGGCCAUCCGAGAAGCAUCUCUGCUCAAACGUCUCAAACACGCCAACAUCGUUCUCCUACACGACAUCGUCCACACCAGGGAGACGCUCACUCUCGUCUUUGAAUACAUGACAGACCUGGCCCAGUACAUGACCCAGCAUCCUGGAGGACUCCACUCCCACAACGUGCGGAUCUUCAUGUUCCAGCUGCUGCGUGGUCUUGGCUACAUCCACAGUCGCAGGAUCCUUCACAGAGAUCUGAAGCCCCAGAACUUGCUCAUUAGUUACCUGGGGGAACUGAAAUUGGCAGACUUUGGUCUUGCCAGGUCCAAGUCCAUUCCCAGUCAUUCCUUCUCCUCUGAGGUAGUGACUCUGUGGUACCGUCCCCCUGAUGUGCUGCUGGGCUCCACAGAUUACUCUGUGGCUCUGGACAUGUGGGGGGUGGGGUGCAUCCUGAUAGAGAUGCUGCAAGGGGCGCCAGCUUUUCCUGGGGGGACAGAUGAGCUGGAGCAGCUGAAAAAGAUCUUUUCGGUUCUUGGGGUUCCAUCUCAGAUCAGUUGGCCUGAACUUGGUUUGCUGUCCAACUACAAUCCAGAAUAUUUUACUCCAGACGAACCCAAAAAUUUCAGAACCAUUUGGACUCGGCUGGAGCAGCUGCCAUAUAAAACUGAAGACCUGGCCCAGAAGAUGCUGAAGGUAUUACCAGCCGAGCGGAUCUGUGCUCAGGAGGCCCUUCAUCAUCCGUACUUCAGCACGCUUCCUCCUGCUAUCAUGCAUCUGAGAGACACUGUGUCCAUCUUCAAAGUCCCUGGAGUUCAUUUGGAGACCGAGUUCAACGAUGUCUUUCACCCCAAAAGAAAGGCCAACACCCCACUAAUGACUGCCACCAAAUUUUGGUGAAGGAAUAUCCAACCAGAGACCAACAACAGCGCAUGAUCAGACAAGCAGAGGAGAGAAAACAUGACAACUGGACAGAGAGGUCUGCUGGCGUACAUCUGAACUGAACUCUAAACCAUGAAGAUAGUUUCAU